AUGGAGACGGAGCACCAGGAGACGACGCCUGAGAAUUGCGAGCCUGCAGGGCAAGAGGAGACGGAGACGGAGGACCGGGAGACGAUGCCAGAGAACUGCGACCCUGUAGGAGGAGAGGAUGGAGAUAUCACCGCUGAACGGAAGGCAUUAAAGCUUCAUCGCGGUCGCAAGGCGGCCAUGUUCACGCGCUCGUGUAACAGGGCUGACGCGCAAAUAGCGCGGCGAGCCAGUGAAGAGGAAUUGAAGAAGCGGCUCAAGACGCUGCACACAACGCUGGACGCCUUCAUGGAGGCAAAUGAGGAGUUCGUAGAGAAGUUGCAAGAUGUGAGCGAGUUGGAAGAAGCGGAGGAGUACGCCACAAGAAUAACAGCACGGCACGCCGAAACGGUCGCAAGAAUUGAAGAGGCGAUAACUCGCCCAUCAGCGAGCCGCUCAGCGUCACGCACAGGAAUGCUCCCCCUACCAUCGGUGCAACUUGAGGAAGGAAGCAAAGUGUGCGGGUCUCACAUAUCAGGAGGCUCAAAGGCUUCAGCCACUUUCAAGGAGGCUGAAAUCACCGCGGAAUUGAAAGCUCUCGAACUAAAGCAUCUCAAAGCAAGGAAAGAAAGAGAACGAGAGAUGAGAAAGCAGGAAGAUUUGCUGGAAGAAAGGGCUCUAGAAGAGGAGGUGGAACGUGCAGCUUUGAAGGCGCGUCUCUGGAAGGCAGCUGGCAACGAGUUGGAGUGGGAACGAAGACACGACUUUGAAGAUGAGGUCGCUGUGGAAGUGGCGCCUAGUCGUCAAAACAACACCGGAUGCGGCCGUGAGAAGGGAAACGAGCAAGAGCAAGAACGCGUGGUCAGUGGUUUGGGAGAGCUCCGGCGCGAGCCGCCGCCACCGAAAGCUACUAGUACCUCUCCGAUGGCCGACGAGACGCCGAGAACUGCCAACCAGGACCCAACCAGCUGGGUGACAGCGUUGGGUUCCGAGCGGCGAUGUGACGUCCCGGGCCCAUCAGCAUUCGUGAAAAGUAUACCACGUCUGACGCUGCCUACCUUCCGAGGCAGCCCUCAAGAGUGGCCUCGCUGGAUCGGCCUAUUUAAGGCGCUCGUCCACGACCAGCCGUCUCUAUCGGACUCAGAGCGAAUGGCUCACUUGCAGAACGCCGUAGAAGGGCCGGCAGCCCAAGCUAUUGAAGGCAUGUUGUUCAAUGGCAGCCUCUACCUGGAAGCUCUGAUAACCCUACAAGAAAGAUUUGGGAGAGAAGAAGACAUCAUCCAAAGUCACUUGAGGAAAAUCUUCACUUCCAACCCACCAGCUCUCACGGAUCUUCCAGCCAUGGAAAAGUUCUACGCCAUCGUUCAUAACACAGUGACCGUCCUACAGAAUCUUGGCUAUUCAAGCGAUCUGUCCAGUAGUGAGAACCUCAGGAGGGUAGUGGAGAAGCUGCCGAAUGAGCUGGCCCGAGAAUGGGGUCGUGAAGUGUUUCGGCUACGGCCAGAACGACCCACUCUGAAGACCUUCAGCGAAUGGCUUCAGGUGCAAGUCAGCAUCCUCAGCUUCUCGGCCGUCCAGUCCGGGACGUCGGAACGGAAACGUGCAACAGGCACGCAGCGUGAAGGAGUUGUACGGAGGACAGCGCUCACGACUGGAGCGACCCACGAAGCUGGAGAAGUGGAGCCACGUUCACCGCCGCCCUGUCUGGUGUGCAGUGAAAAACACAGGGUGACUGACUGCCCGUCGUUCAAGGGCAAAACAUUGGAAGCGAGAAUGGAAGUGGUGUACGAGAACGGUCUUUGCUUCUCAUGUCUGAGGAAGGGCCACUGGACCAGGAGUUGCAGAUCCUCUCGGAAGUGCGGAGUGAAGGGCUGCAAGCUCACUCACCACCCAUUACUGCACAGAAGCUCAGGACACGCGAGGCAUGAGGAGGGAAGCUCAAGGGAAGAAGACUCUCCGAGCGGAUCCUCAACGGCUGCGGCACCACAUCCGCAAGCUAAAGGAACGGGAAGCUCGCCGUUUGUAGCAGCCUCCCUCAGCGAUGAGACCGACACACUGCUACAGGUCGUUCAGGUGCGCGUCCACGGAGCGACCAAAUCAAAAGACGUCCUGGCGCUGCUAGAUACCGGAGCGCAGACGUCACUGUGCAGCGCUGAUGUCCUGCAGGAGUUGGGCAUCACCGGGGACCUUCGCCAGCUCUGCAUCCAAAAUGUGGAGGGAAGCGGAGCGCAGAAACCCUCUGAACGCGUUACCCUGACAGUUAGCGCACUGGGCGAUGGUGCGAAGAGAGGACACAUCGAAAUCCCUGAAGCCUGGGCUGUACCAUCACUGAAUGUGACAGCCCCCACGGUAUCCCACCGCCAACUCAGGCAAUGCGAACAUCUCCGGGGACUAGAAUUUCCGCAGUAUGAUGGCGGUGAUGUGAAACUGCUGCUCGGAGGGAACGUGCUGGAAGCUGUUCUCCAACAGGAAGUACGAGUGGGUCGUUCCAACCAGCCAGCAGCUAUAAGAACCGAGUUUGGUUGGGCACUGGCUGGUUCCAUAUCAGCGGUGGUGCCAAGCAGCCUGCGCCAGGUUAUGUUCCUGCAGCGCAACGACCAGAGCAGCGACGACGACCUAGCAGCCUCCGUGAAGGACUGGUGGUCCACGGAGGCUUUCGGGACCAAGUACGACAAGCCUGUGGCACAGUCCAAAGAGGACGAGCGUGCGCUGUCAAUCCUGAAGAGCAAAACAAAAAGGCUUCCAGACAGGUAUGAAACAGGGAUGCUCUGGAAGGAAGACCGGGUGGAGCUCCCCGACAACAGACGGAUGGCAAUGAAACGGCUCGAAGCCACGGAACGAAAACUCAAACGCAACCCCGACCUGGCCGGUGCGUAUCGAGAAACAUUGCAAGCCUACAUACAUGAAGGACACGCACGAAAACUUACGCCCGAGGAAGCGUCACAGCACAAGGGACGGAGAUGGUUCUUGCCGCACCAUGCAGUCACCAACCCCAACAAACCGGGCAAGGUGAGAGUGGUUUUCGAUGCUGCGGCGAAAUUUCAGGGCACGAGCCUGAAUGACAAGCUGCUGACCGGACCAGACCUUCUGAAGAGCCUGCCGGGGGUGCUAAUGCGCUUCAGGGAGGAACCUAUCGCCCUAACAGCAGACAUCGAAAAGAUGUACCAUCAAGUUCGAGUGACCGAGGAAGACCAGCCUUCACUAAGUUUCCUCUGGCGCGAUUUAGACACAGCUAGACCGCCAGAUGUCUACCAAAUGCAAGUGGUUGUCUUUGGCGCCAAAUCGUCCCCGGCAAUGGCGAACUACGUGCUCCAAAUGACGGCCCAAGCUCACCAAGAGCAAGCAGCCCCGGACAGCGACGUGCAUGCUGCUGUGGCCGCCGUUUUCACCAACUUCUACAUGGACGAUUUUCUGAAGUCGGAGAGAACACCAGAGACGGCCAUAAAGAUGCAACGGGAGCUAUCGAAGCUCCUGGCCUCUGGCGGUUUCCGACUGACCAAGUGGCUGAGCAACUCCAGGGGGGUUCUGGAAAGCAUACCGGUAUCGGAGCGAGCUCGAGGGAGCACGGACCUCGGCCUACAGCACCUCCCAGCGGAGAAGACCCUUGGCGUUAUCUGGGACAGCGAGAAAGAUACUCUGAGCUUCCAAGUCACGACCACAGAGGCCCAAGCUACCAAACGGGAAGUCCUCAGACAGACAGCAUCGGUCUUCGACCCGCUGGGCAUCGGCGCUCCAUUCAUCAUCCGAGCCAAGAUAUUGCUACAGCACCUAUGGACGCUGGACUUGAACUGGGACCAGGCACUGCCUGAUCCGGAGGAGAGGAAGUGGAGGCAGUGGCGUGAAGAGCUCCAACGGCUGAAAGAAGUCGCCGUGCCGCGCUGCCUCAAGCCAGUCGAAGGGAAAGUUGUCAGCAGCCAGUUCCAUGCGUUCUGCGACGCGUCGGAAACUGCGUUUGGAGCGGUCAUUUACCUCCGCACUUCGCUGACGAACGGUGAUCACCACUGUUCAUUCGUGAUGAGCAAAACGCGGGUGGCACCCCUGAAGCAGAUGUCCAUCGUGCGGCUGGAACUACAGGCCGCAGUGCUGGCGGCCAGGCUUAUGGACACCGUGCUCAAGGAAGCAACAGUGGCGACGGAAGCGGUGACCUUCUGGUCUGACAGUAAGGUGGUGCUACAGUACAUCGCGAACGAAAGCCGAAGGUUUCAUGUCUUCGUAGCCAACAGGGUGGCUGAAAUUCACGACCUGACCAGAAAGGAGCAGUGGCGUCACGUGCCAGGAACGCUGAAUCCUGCAGACGACUGCUCAAGAGGGCUGGCCGCGUCAGAGCUAACGCCAGACUGCAGAUGGCUCCGCGGACCCAGAUUUCUGUGGCAAGAUGAGGAAGACUGGCCAUCAAAGCAAGACGCAAGCCCGCUCAGAGCAGGACAGGAAGAAGUGAAGGAAGAGAAAUUCGCUGGACUCACACUCCAACGACAGCCCAUGCUACCAGACGCCACCAAGUUCUCGUGCUGGCUCAAGUACCGUCGAGUGGCGGCCUGGGUGAGACGUUUCACUCACAACGCAGCCAUGCGCGCCUCAGACGCUGAAACGCGCCUCAGCGGACCUCUCAGUGCCCAAGAGCUCAGAGACGCCGAAGUCUGGAUCCUGAAACAGGCGCAGAGGACAAGCUAUCCGGAGGAAACUCGCAGUCUGGCGCUGGAGAAAGAGCUCCCUGGGAAGAGUGGUCUACUUCCGCUCUCACCAUACCUCGACGACGAUGGCCUGAUGAGAGUUGGCGGGAGACUGGGAAACGCGUCAGUCUCAAAAGAUGCCCGACACCCGGUCAUACUUCCCCCUCGAGGUGAAGUCACCCGCCUGGUCAUUCUGCAGAAGCACAAGAACUGCGGUCACGCAGGCGUUGAGCAAACAUUGAACGAAACCAGGCAGAAGUACUGGGUCGUGAGGGGAAGAGCUGCCGUGAAACGACUCCUGCGAGGUUGUCCCACUUGCCGGCGGCUCAGAGCACUCCCGAGGCCCCCACAAAUGGCCAGCCUGCCUACAGCAAGGUUUGACACCGCUCGGCCAUUCAGCAGUACGGGUGUUGACAUGUUCGGGCCGCUAUACGUGAGGCGAUUCCGCAGGACUGAAAAGCGUUACGGACUGCUCGCAACAUGCAUGGCUACGAGAGCAAUCCACCUGGAAGUGGUGCACAGCCUGGACACAGCCAGCUGUAUCAUGGCACUGCGGCGGUUCUUCGCAAGGCGAGGGAAACCAUCAGUCAUCUUCUCCGAUAACGGGACCAACUUCGUGGGAAGUUGUCGCGAACUCAAGGCAGAGCUACGAGCCAUGGAAAGGGAGAUCGCAGAAAAUCUCAGCGCCUUCGAAGUGGACUGGCAUUUCAACCCCCCGGCUGCUAGCCACAUGGGGGGAGUGUGGGAGAGGCUGAUUCGAUCGGUGAAGAGCACUCUGACAAAGGUGGUGGGUACACAGACGCUCACAGACGAAGUGCUGGUGACGGUGCUCACUGAAGUUGAGCACAUGGUCAACAGUCGACCCCUGACCCACGUCAGCUCAGAGCCGACAGAUCCAGAGGCUCUGACGCCAAAUCACUUUCUACUCGGUGGUGCCUCGAGGCAUCUCGCGCCAGGACUCGUGAGAGACAGAGACAUGUGCAGCCGACGCCGAUGGAAGCAUGUCCAAGCUGUGGCGGAACAUGUGUGGAAGAGGUGGACAAGAGAGUACGUGCCGACUCUCAUCCAGAGGAGCAAGUGGCGCAAAGAGCAGAGAAACCUUCAAGUCGGGGACUUAGUGCUGAUGGCAGAAUCAAACAUGUCUCGGGGCUCGUGGCCAUUGGCACGCAUCUGUCGCGUGUUUCCUGGAGCGGACGGUCGAGUCCGGUCGGCGGAGCUUCGGACGGCUAGUGGGAAGCUGUACACGCGACCAUCUACUAAGAUCUGCUUCCUGGAAGAGGAAUGCAAGUGA